UAUCUGUUGAAAGGCAGAAGUAACAAAAGAAUGAGGCCGGUCAAAACCUUUGGCUACUCAUGCUGUCUUACACAAUCUAGAGCGAAGAUGACCUCCACGGUCACCGAGGCGGUGCUUUCCUAGUCCGGCGUGGAUGUUGUCCUACAUAAACUGGAUGAAGCUGCCCGACCAUCGGCGCCAAUUUCUUCCCCUCUUAGCUUAGAAUAACCAAAGAUUCUAGAAACUGGGGAAGCUUAGAAAAAUCCCGACGACCUGAGCUUAACUGAAGCAUGGACGCUGCAAUUGAUCUUUCAGACGCCUCCAAGGCGUUGGAUCUGGCCAACAUCAGAUUUCAGUUGAUUCGUCUAGAGGAUACAAUCACUUUCCACCUGAUCGAGCGCGUUCAAUUCCCCCUCAACAAGACCAUCUACAUCCCUGGCGGGGUCAAGAUUCCAGGCGAUGAGGUCAGUUUAAUGGACUACCUGCUCCGAGAGCAGGAGCGCCUACAGUCCCGCGUUCGUCGCUAUGAGUCUCCCGACGAAUACCCUUUCUUCCCCGAGGUGCUCGAAAAGCCCAUCCUGCAACCCCUCGAGUACCCUAAGAUCCUCCACGACAACGACGUGAAUGUCAACGAGAUCAUCAAGAAGCGAUAUAUUGAGAAUAUCCUUCCCGCGGUAUGCGCCCACUUCGAACGCGAGGAUCGAGGAGAAGCAAAAGAGAACUACGGGUCUGCGGCGACGUGCGACGUCAGCGUGCUGCAGGCGCUUUCGCGUCGCAUUCACUUUGGCAAAUUUGUCGCGGAGGCCAAGUUCCAGAAGGACCCUGAGUUGUUUGUCAAGCUGAUCAAAGCCAAUGAUCGGGCCGGAAUCGAUGCGGCCAUUACCGAUGCGAAGGUAGAACAGAAGGUGCUGGAGCGAUUGGGCCUUAAGGCCAAGACUUACGGGACGGACCCUGCGUUUCCGUCGGAGACAGGGCCGAAGAUCAAUGUGGAUGCGGUGGUUGCCAUGUACAAGGAAUAUGUCAUUCCUCUGACCAAGGUGGUGGAAGUCGAGUACCUCAUGCAACGGCUGAAAGGCACUCAAUGGGAGUGAACGAUAUAGGUGGCCUCGCCAGUAUAUAUGAUGUAUUGAUGCGAAUGAUGUAUCUUAUGCCCUCACGAAAAGAAAAGAAGCUGUAAUCUCUGGGUUGAAUGAUGGAUAUAGACAUGCAUGCGUCCG